CUCCAGGGCUGAGGUCACUCUUUGUGUCCGCGGGAGUCUGCACUCGCUCCUUUCAGCCUUGGCAAGAAAAAGCAGGAAUUCUAAAAAGCAGCAGUGAUCACUCCUGGCUCCUUUGUAGAGCCCAGUAAAUAAUUCAUCUGGAUUUGAGGGGUCUGACACUGAGAAUGCAUAUUGAACCUCACGGUCACAGGCAAACUCCACGUGCAGAACUUGAAUACAGCGGGAAGGAGAAAUGGGCCUUUGAAAUCAGAGACGACUUUGAGUGACCUGAGAACACAGGUAGAAGCACUGGAGACGGAUGGACAGCAGCCAGACAGAGUAUUUUUAAGGCACGUAAAGGUCAUUCCUGAGGUUUCCACAUAUACACAUCCGUCCCGGUUGACAGCUGGGAUCUGGGAAAAAACAGCUCUGGACUUGGAAACCACUAGGCGAGGUCCUAGCGAGGGCCCUUCCCAAGUCCCUCCUGCUGCACUCGAUACCUGAAUUCAACAAAGAAAAUUGUGUCUGCCAGGCUCACUGGCUGAAGUCACAAGAUUCCGAGUAUCAUGCAGCACUCCGGAAUUCCUGCAAAAACUCGUCAGAAGGGGUCCACUGGCCGCCACACGGAAACGGCUGUGCCCCGGACUUUUCAGAUCAAAACAUUUAGCACCGAGUUGAAAAACCAUGUGAUGGUCAUGGAUUUCGUGAAGAGUAACUGCUUCCCCUCCCAGAGAAGAGCCAAAGUCUGCAUCAUCCGUGUGUAUCAAGGCCUGAAGACAGCUGAGCAGACAGCUAGCCGCUAUGAGAUCCACAGUCGGCUCUUCUCGUCCCCCAAAGAUCAUUCUGCUUGGGAAAGAAAUGAAGGUCUUUCAAACGCAGGAUUACGGGACAAGCAGUACUAUACAAACAAUCAGAUUGCCCUUAAAAAUCUUCAGUCUGAUGUUACAGAGAAGAAAUCUGACUUCACCGAGGGGACUCUGGCAUCGCAAAACACAGAAAUGAUCUCCUCCCUAGACAUCUCACAGCUGAUUGAUGAGAGUAAAUCAAAGGUGGACCGGGCCGCGCUGCUCGUGCCCUGCACCCCGGCUCUGCACGCGCAUCCGGCCCGGCCGUCGCGGGGGAGCCGCCCCGGGGUCUGCAUCGGCCGCGCGUUCGGCCUCCUCCCGGGCGGGCUGGGCACGCCGACGCCGGCCGCGGGGCCAGGACCGGACACGGAGCCGCCGCGCAGCCCGAAGCCGGGCAGCGGCCCCCAGAGGGGCUUCGCGUCCAUCACCAUCACCGCCAGGCGCGUGGGCGCCCCGGCCAGCCCCGCGGCGUGGGCGGCCGUGCGGGACCCGCGGUGCCCCGAGUGCCGGGCCCAGGGCGCUCCGCGUCGGCACCAGGGACCGUUCGCCUGCGCGGAUUUCUCCAGAAACGGCUCAGUGAUGAGGCUGAGGGUGCCCGAGACGGACCCCCGGCUGUGCGGGGGUCCCCAGUACUGGAUCGCCGAUGUGGACAGCCGGGAGAGCAGCUUUCCUCCGGGCGCCGCGCGGUCGGGAGAGGGGCCGCUGGUGUUCAGCUCCUGCGUCCAGGUCAGGGUGACCCAGCCGUGCCCGAAUUCCACUUACUAUCUAGACCGGUCCCUCUCCGUCCCCGUGGAGCAGCCCCAGCUUGCGGGCCCCAAAAUGCACAGGUCGGUCCUGUCGCUCAACCUCAAGUGCAGUUCACACGGACCGACAGCAGAUGGCGCAGGCGGCCCGGCUAACGCGGGGCCCCGGAGCGGCGCCGGGGAGCCCGCAAUCCCGGAGGGAAACCAGAGCCCUCUAGGCCCCCGCUGGAACCCAGGUCUGCAAGGAAGCUUCUUGCAGGAAAUCCCGUCCUUGGAGCAGGUGCAUCUGGGGCCCCGCACCUGUCCUUGGAGGGGCUCACGUCUGUUGGAAAAGCAAGGAUUCUCAAGUGCGGCCGUUCACCAGGUCACUGGAAGAAAAGGGAGAGAAGACUACAGGACCACGACCGGUGGUGGGGGCGGCAGCCAACUGUCCAUCCACAUUCCCGGCUGGAGUUACACAGCAGUAGAAGCAAAAGUAUUUUCUGGAAGCAGUGAGAAGCAACAAGGAGAAGCACGUGGGACUUUGUCUGCUCCCCCAGUGGAACAGAAGCUGAUUAAAGAGGUCCUUCCCGAUGGGUAUAGCUCUCCAAGCAACAGCUGUCAGUCUAGCAACUUCUCUGAGCCCUCAGAGAGUCAACAGCAAAGCUUCCUGAAGUCUGGAAUCACUUUAUCUGGGUUUCUUUGCCCCUUACAAGAUUUAUGCACAUCUCCACAGGAAGACAGUGAUGUUCAGAUAGAAAGAGAGAUCCCCACAGGGGACUACCAGGGCUGUGACUUGGUUGUAAAAAUAAAGGAAUGCAGGAAGAGUGAGGAGCCCGAGCCAGCGGCCCCCAAGCCAGCACCCCCCAAACCAGUGCCCCCGGAGCCGACGCCCCCUGAGCCACCAGAGACCCCCGGCCUGUCCGAAGACUGUUCCGAGGGUCCACGAACACCUGCAGGCUCCUUGACCUUGCAGGAAGCGCUGGAAGUCCGGAGACCCCAGUUCAUUUCUCGUUCCCAAGAACGGCUGAAGAAGCUGGAACACAUGGUGCAGCAGAGAAAAGCCCAGCGGAAGGAGAGCCUGGGGCAGAAGCAGAGUCUCUUUCCUGUCCGUGCCAACAAGAAGCAGUUCACCGUUCCCCACCCUCUUAGUGAUAACUUGUUCAAACCCAAAGAAAGAUACAUUUCAGAGAAGGAGAUGCACAUGCGAUCUAAAAGAAUCUAUAAUAACUUGCCGGAAGUGAAAAAGAAAAAAGAAGAACAAAAGAAAAGAGUGAUCUUACAGAGCAACAGACUCCGCGCUGAAGUCUUCAAAAAGCAAUUACUGGACCAGCUCCUUCAAAGGAACGCUGUCUAACCACAGGCUGCGCGGCUGACCCACUCCUGGGACCUGAGAUGGCUUCAAACGCUGGGUUCACCAUUAAACUUACCGCUAUCUUCAUGAUAUGAAA